AGAAAUGGAUCUACUAACUGCAAUAAUUUUCCUGGCUGCAUUGCUGCACCAAUCUGAUGGGCAGGAUGUAAAGUAUAAACAAGUGGACGUUUCCUCCUUUUCUCAUUUUUCAUUUCAAAACCAAAAAGAUAUCCUUGAGCGACACAAUGAAAUACGGAGAUCUGUAGUUCCCACAGCCAGGAACAUGCUGAAAAUGGUGUGGAGUGAGAAAGCUGCCAGAAAUGCUCAGAAAUGGGCAAAUAGGUGUGAGAUGAAAAUCAGCCCAAAAGAUCAGAGAAUCAUUAAUGGUGCCACCUGUGGUGAGAAUGUAUUACUAUCAUCUUACCCAAGAACAUGGUCUGAAGUAAUUCAAGUCUGGAACAGUCAGUCCUCCAAUUUCAAGUACGGAUACGGAGCAACCACAAAAAAUGUCAAUAUCGAGAGCUAUACCCAGCUAAUCUGGUACAACAGUUACCAGAUUGGAUGUGCAGUUGCCUACUGUCCUAUGAACCCGUUCAACUACUUUUAUGUUUGCCAAUACUGUCCUCCAGGAAAUAAUGCAAUGCAAAUAGCUACACCUUACAGAAGCGGACCAAAAUGUGCAGAAUGCCCUGGCCAUUGUGACAGAGGACUUUGCACCAAUCCUUGCAAGUAUCAAGACUUCUUUGGAAACUGCAGAAAUCUGAAGAUGUUGUUUAGCUGUAACCAUUCACUGGUGAAGGCAAAGUGUCCUGCUACCUGUGGUUGUACCACUCAAAUCAUAUAA